UGAACUUGCUUAAAGCUGCAUUUCUCUGAACUUUUGCCAAUUAAAAGCACAAGGAAAAACAAGACCCAGUUUCUGCUGACUCUGCAGCUUGGAACCUUUGCCAUACUUCCUGUGAGAACAUGUAAGAGGAAAGCACGAUGAGACAGAAACGAGGAUGGUUGGAGGCAGAAGGAUCAUCUGCUGCGUUUCCAAGCAGCUACAUCGAAAGUUACUCAACAAGGAAAGGAAGCCGCGUCGCUCCAAAAGAAUUCCAAAAUCCACAGUCGUGCAAUACCUUCAUGAGGACCAAUCAAAAUGGUCACAAAACAGUGAGCAAGUUUUUGAGUUCUCCAGAGCUCUUCUUCAUCAGAGUGGAUGUUAAAGUGAGAGAAGCUGACUUGACAAUGACUUAUAUUGUUGUUUUUAAACCUAGCCAUUUCAUUACUUGAAAUUAAUCUCCAGCUUUCAUUUGCUAAUAUAAAAACUGCCAUGCUUCUCUUCGCUUCUGUUCCUCACCUCACAAGGAAAUCUGAGCAUGCUGCUUUUUAAGGCUGGAGACACAACAUGGGGGAUAAGCCUUUUUUUUUUUCUCUUUGCCUCAGCUGUCUGAAGGAGUACUAGGAAACAAGAGUUGUUCUUCAAAACAUAUUAAACAAGCCAGGAUUUUAAAGAGUCUGUUUCUACGACAUUGUACUCUAAGUUGGAUGUCAGACUUAACAACAGUACAAAACAUAUGGGGUUUUAAAGACAUACCUCCCUCGGGUACUACACCUAUUAACACAGUGUGAUAGGCUGUCAAUUGCUAUGGAAUACUGUGGAAUCUAUACUGUGGAGUGAAGACGUUUUGGACUACAGAUCCCAUCAGCCCCAGCUAGCAUAUGUCAUGAGCCCUGUGAAGAACUCCUGGCAGAGUGGGCCGGAGGAGGAGGAAGACUGGGAUCCAGUAAAGGGGCUGAGUGGUCUGCAAAGGAAGGGAGAUGAAACCAGAGAAGACUACAGUAUUCUGGCCACUGUCAGUCCUGCUCCGCAGGCACAGGCUGCUAUGGAUGAGACAGUGGCUGACAUCACCGUGUCUUCUGACCCUGCCUUGUCUCCCGAGUCGCCCCUGGGGGCAGAGAGGCGAGAGAUGCAGGUGAAGGAGGUGGCUAUGGAAGAACUGGUUGAGGUGUCUCCUCCCCCAUUGCCAAGGACAUGCUGCUGUCUUCACAGGUGCAAACAGACUGAGCCCACUCAGCUGCCUGUCUGCAGGAGUGCCUGCUUGCUGGUCCAGUCCCAAUCCGGGAGAUAGUUCCAAUGCAAGUAGCAUGCCCACCCCAAGUCUACUGAAGUGGUCUCAGAAGGCAUGUCAAAUCGUUGUAACAAUGUCUUUGCCUAAGUGGCCAUGCCUACAAAUGCCUUUAGAGAACCAGAGGCCGGUCUAACUUGUAAUCUGAUCUACAUACCACUCUAGAGUUAAAUUUCACAUUAAAAAUAACAGAGAAAAGCAUGUCAGUAAACCUUAGCCUGAUUCCUAUGGGGUAAGCCAGAUCAGCAUAUGUGCUGUCUGGGGCUGAUGGGAAUUGUGGUCCAAAACAUUUGGAGGGCACCAAUUGUUGUAGACCUCUAUAGGUACUGCACUCAACCAAGGGCCCCAUAGUCAUGCUGGGACCUUGAGGCACCCAUUGGCACACCCAUAGCAGAGGCUCCACAGCUGAAAAAGGAUUUAUUUAAUUUAAUAAAAUAAAUAAAUAAAUAAUAAAAAAGGAUCUCUAAACUACAGCAUUUUACUAAACUGAGGAAAAAACCCUUACUGCUUACUGCUCUUAAAUUGUUCUGUGUUCCAUUUGCCAGAUUCUCCAAUAAACAAUCAAAAGUGAACAUUCAUACCAUGAAAGAGGUGUUCAAGGGUGUGCAUCAUUAGCCCAUAUGACUGGUAAUAUGAUGCCUUUGGACUGGCCAGGCUUUCUGCCAUUGUCUGGUCAACAGCAGACACUUCAGGCUAGUCCUUGCUUCAGCUGAUUUAAGGAAAGCUGGUUUGGGAAACAUGCACUUCAGGUCUGGUUCCUGGCUGGCUGGCUGCAAUGCAAAUAUGAUCCUGGCAACUCCAUUACCUGUUAAAUGUUUAAAAGAGGCAAAGAGGAAUGAUCAAAAUACAUUGGAAUUCACAAAAUCAAGUUAUACACUCCUGAGUUGUACUUCCAAAAGAAAUGCAUACCAAAGCACAUUACAAGAGCAGGGCCUGAGCCACAGCAAGUAUUUCAGACACUCAUUUUGCUGACAUUCAUAUUUCAUCAAAACUAAAAACACCAAGUUACAGAGUGUUCCUGUUUCACGUUAAGUUACUUGGUGCCAAGGGGCCUUGGCUUAGAACAGGGAAGUUCAUCCCAUGGUUGAAAACAAAUGAAAAUGGAGAGGAAGAUGAGAGUAGUGCAUGGAUCCAAGUGCAUGCUGAAAAGAGCAAAUACUUUAGGCACGGAGAUACAAAUUAUUUCCCAGCCUGGAGAUAAAUUUGCUCCUGUAAACAGUUUUGCAAUCAUUUGGCACCCUUCCUGGGUUGACAAACUGAUGGAAAGGAAAUGCUUUGGAAGAGCUGACUGAAUACAUUUGGAAGAAAUACAUUUCCCCCCCACCCCCACCGAUGCAUAAUUUUUAUUUGGGAGGCACAUAUGUUAAUGAGUAGUAGUGGAGGAGGUUUUUUCUCCCAGUUUAGUAAAAUGAUAUAUUUAGAGAUCCUUUUUCAGCUAUGCAGAUUCUUUUAUGGGUGCACCUGUAGGUGCCUCAACGUGGAAAUAACAUGAAACAUGAGAAGACCUGCUAGAUCAGAUCAAAGGCCUACCUAGUCUACCGCCUAGAUUCCCAACCAGACGCCUAAAGAAAGCCCCUCCAGGGCGGGGGGUUGGUUUUGCUUUGGUGCUUCUUAUACUGUGUGAUAAGUCCCAUCCAACCUUACAUUUAAUAAGGCGCUGCUAAAACCUUUUAUGUGCUGAAGAUUAAAAAACUUUCUAUGGCCAAGUGCAAAUGCAUUUUGCAUGUAUUAACAUUAUUUAAUGUGCGUUCACGAAAUAAAAUUAGCAAAAGGCUACCAAAUAUUAGGCAGCGUGGUUUUACUAACAGCUUUAGGAAAAAGCUUCCACUUCGCGGGCGAACCCGCAACGCAGACGAAAACAAAACAGAAACACUACAACUACUACUCCCAGAAUGCACCUCGCGGCAUAGAAAAUGUGCCUCCACUCCCAGCAUGCACUUGGCUCCACCAGUUUCCCGAAAGCGCCCUGACAAGAAGGUCAGCGAGCCCGCCAUUUCCGGCGCGCGGUGCAGGACGGGAAUGCGAGUAGCACUAUUGGCCGGCGCCUGCCCCGCUUUUCAGCAAGCAGGAAGCGAUAGCGGCGGUUGAGGAGGCUCGCCGGGGCAGGAGGCUUCUCCGGACAAAUCUAUUAGCCAUGGAAGCUGAAGAGACGAUGGAAUGCAUUCAGGAAUUUCCAGAACAUUACAAAGUAAUUUUGGACAGACUGAAUGAACAGCGGGAGCAGGAUCAAUUCACAGAUAUCACUCUGAUUGUGGACGGUCACCAUUUUAAAGCUCAUAAAGCUGUUCUUGCUGCCUGCAGCCAGUUUUUCUACAAAUUCUUCCAAGACUUCACUCAGGAGCCUCUAGUAGAGAUAGAAGGUGUAAGUAACAUGGCAUUUCGUCACUUAAUUGAGUUCACAUAUACUGCCAAGCUGAUGGUUCAAGGGGAAGAAGAAGCAAAUGAUGUUUGGAAAGCAGCUGAGUAUCUUCAGAUGCUGGAAGCUAUUAAAGCACUCGAAAUCAGGAACAAAGAAAAUUCAUCGCCACUUGAAUCAAAUCAGGCACAAGAUAAAAAUAAAGCCAAAAAGAGGAAGAUAGCUGAGACCUCCAAUGUUAUUACUGAAACGUUGCCCUGUGCAGAAUCUGAGCCUGUUGAAAUUGAGGUGGAGAUUGCAGAAGGGGCUAUUGAUGUGGAAGAAAAUAACAUUGAAGCACUUGAGGAGGUAGCUUCUGCUGAACAGUCUAUAAAGUACAUACAGACUACAGGUACAUCAGAUGAGUCUGCUUUGGCUCUUCUGGCAGAUAUCACCAGCAAAUUCCGCCACGGGGAGCGAAAAAGUGAAAUUCAGGAGGAGUGUGACGACAUAUCUGACCCAACAGGCAAACAGGUGGAAGGCAUAGAGAUCAUGGAACUUCAGCUGUCGCACGUCAACAACCUUUUCCACUGUGAAAAGUGCAACCGAACAUUUAAGUUGUUUUACCACUUUAAGGAACACAUGAAAACACACUCCACGGAAAGUUACAAGUGUGACCUAUGCAACAAAAGGUACCUGCGUGAGAGUGCAUUGAAGCAGCACCUUACCUGUUAUCACCUUGAUGAAGGUGGUGCUAACAAGAAACAAAGACCUGGCAAAAAAAUACACGUUUGCCAGUACUGUGAUAAACAAUUUGACCACUUUGGACAUUUUAAAGAGCAUCUUCGGAAACACACAGGUGAAAAACCAUUUGAGUGUCCAAACUGCCACGAACGUUUUGCUCGGAACAGCACACUCAAAUGUCACUUGACAGCAUGCCAGUCCGGCGCUGGUGCUAAAAAGGGACGGAAGAAACUUUAUGAAUGUCAGGUCUGCAACAGUGUAUUUAACAGCUGGGAUCAAUUCAAGGAUCACUUGGUAAUACACACAGGCGACAAACCCAACCACUGUACUUUAUGUGACGUGUGGUUUAUGCAAGGCACUGAACUGCGGAGACACUUGCAAGAAAUUCACAACAUUUCGGAACGAAUAGUGACCGACGACAUUCUUCCGGUGGACAGUGAUCCAGUGGCAUCCAUGACUAUCAUAGAGCAGGUGGAGCAAGUCCAUGUGUUGCCCGUAAUUCAGGUCCAAGUGGAUCCAGCACAAGUGACUGUAGAGCAGGUGCAUCCUGAUUUGAUACAGAAUAAUCAAGUAAAAAGUGAACAAAUAGCGGAGCUACAAGAGCAGGUAGAGAUAAGCUACUUAGAAGUGGAACACAUUCAGACUGACCAAAGUGCUGAAGUGCAUAUGGAGGAGCUAGAUGUGGAACAUGUAAAUCAGUUACAGAUGGAAGAGGUUCAGGCACAGCUUAUAGAAGAAACUGAUCUAGAACAAGUAGAAUCAGGACAUAUGGAUCAAGGUGAACUGGAAACAAGCACACCUGUUCAAGUGGAUGAGGCAGAGGCACACACGGCAGAUCAUGAAGAAUCUGAUGUUUUAAAAACUCAGCCAAUAGUGGAUAUGCAAGAGGAAAAGGUGGAGACCUAAGAAAUAUUGACUGCUUUACCUGUGAUUUGAAAAAUGUAAUACCAAAUUAUUUUUGUUAAUUUUUGUUUGACUUUUGCACCACCAAUGAAUCUUUUAUUGAUGCUGUUAGGGAAGUGGACAGGUGGACCAAAGUUAAGAUAUUUGAUUAAACUGCCCUUCCUGUACUUUUUCGGGGGAGUGGGAGAGAAAUCCCUUUUCUUAGAAGAAAGAAAGAAACAAAAAACAACAGAACAAAAUCUGUUCUAAAAAUGGACCAGCUUUGUGUGAAGUUUAAUUGUAGAAUUUUGCUAGGUUAUACCAUUAGGUUGUACUGUUGUCAUUGUGAGAGACUUCUGAAGCACGUUCUGUUUUCCUUUCAGAAUGAGUUUUGUGUUAACAUGGCAAGGUU